AUGGUAACAAGACGAAACGGCAGACAAGUGCUGAAAAAGAUCGCAGAAAGGUACCUCCCAUCGGUCAACAUCGCUCACUUGGUUUGCAGUACCCUCCUGUUAAACUAUCUAGUGGCAUAUUUGGUAGUUACCUGCUUAUGGUUUCCUCCCAGGGGGGAAAAGGGUCACCUCGUAGGGGAGGAAAAAUGGACGAGCCCUUCCAUGGAGGAGCAGCACUACACACACAGGGGAGCUCAUCACCAGGAUGACUUCAUCACGGAGAGAGUCUGUUUGGCUUAUGUUCUUUUUUGUAUCCUUUGUUAUGUCCCGAAGGUUGUAACCAUAUGGGGUCAGACGAGGGGGAAGAAAGGUUCCCAGCUGGAAGGAUCAACAAAUGGACCAGUCAAACAUGAGAGUGUCCUUCGCGCGACAGGACGAAGGAGACAAAUGUGGAUGACGGGCACCCAUCUCAUUAGGUGUCUUAAGUUAUGGAUAGAGUCGUUGGAGCGGCCUCUUAGUCCUUUUCGGUUGUGGCAUGUCGGAAGAGAAGAGGAAUCAACCCCAGUGAGGGUACCCCCCAAGGGGAGGGACUCCCCAGAAGGAGCCAGCAAAAGGAGGGCAGCCUCCCAAGUAGGAACUAACACCGUAGAUAGGAAAGGAAGGGAAGCGUCCGGGGGGGACUCCGACGCGAAGGAGAAAGAAGAGAAUCCGAAUAGAAGAGGCAACAGUGGAGGAAACCGCGGUGCACGAAGCAACAGGGGUGUGAGCUCCCAUCUGGAAGCGACGUCUCCUGAGGCACAGUCGGGAGGAACCAUUCCAAGCGAAGAGAAGAAUGAUGCUUCUUCCAAUACGAGGGAGAAGCAUCAUAUGGAGAAGGGGGUAGAAAACCAUUCGGGUAGCGAUCCACAUGAGGAGAGCUCAGAUAGUCAGGGGGAGCUAUGCGAGCGGGUCAGGACAAAUGCUUACAAGUACAGAAAUUUUUACCAUCAAUAUUGCAAGGGGGGCCGCGGAGAAGGAGGAGACGCGGAAGAGGAGAGCAGCUCGAUGGAAGAAAACUCCUUUUUGAAGUGUCCCACGUGGAGGGAGAGGAGAAAAUUCAAUGUCAUCGAGGAUGGUGGUGAUCUUCAAAAUGGUGGUGAUGUAGACCCCCAUGUAGAAGGAAACCAAAAUGCUGAGGAGAUAGCCUCACCUGAGGAGACACCACACGUCGAUGAAAUCCCCUCGUCACCCUCCCCCUUUGGAAGACACACCGGGCGGGGAAAGAAGGGAUUCAAUUUGGGGAGCGCCAAAAUGAGGAGCCUAAAUGAUAGGCGGAGUUACACCUCGUUGUACUUCCCCUCCGUUAUCGAAACGGACAGUGAGGGGGGGAGCAUCAGCGAAGGCAACAAUGGGGGAGGCGAUAAUGGUGGAAGCGGCAGUGGGGGAAGCGAUGAGCACAUUCGGGGCGCUUCUCCAUGCAAGGAGAAGGAAAAACCACCCUCGGAGGAGGGCGCUCACAACCAUGUACACCCUCGUCGCGGUGCAUAUGAAAGGGACAAAUUAGAAGGUGGCGAAGAGGUGGGAACUUUUUUAAACGAAAAGGGGGACGAGGGCUUCUCCGCUGGACGCCUCCUAAAUGAUGUGAAUAGAAGGGGGGUGGUUACCAACACGUCCAUGCUCCCGGACGGGAAAUACCUCCAAACUGGAACGGAAAAGAAAAAGAAGAGAAAAAAACACCACUGUGUUUAUUUCUCCCCCGAUGGGGUGAAGUGCUCGCAUUCGAAUCAUGGAGAAGACAAAGCAUUCAGUGGAGAUCCAGUGAGUAGCGACGGAUUGAGUGGCGACGGAGUGAACUCACUUGAAGCGCAGGUCAGAAUGUCCCUCUCCAACUUCAAAAAGAAGAAGGAAGUACUUACCUUCAUAAAGGAUACGUAUAAGACUAUUCUGAUCAUAACCAUUCUGUCCCUGCUGCUGACCAAGGGCAUUCUUAUGUGCACCUUUCUGUACUUCCUCCAGAGUGCGCCCGUCGCCUUGAGCCCUCCGCUCCCCCCCCGUGGUGUGUUUCCCCUGCUGCAGGUGUGUCACUUUGCGCUCUUCCACCUGUACGUGCGGGAGUAUGCUGCACGUAGGCAGUGCGGUCCUACCUAA